AAUCAUCUCGCCAUUUUUCAACUGUUUAUAAUUUAAUCACCAUACCACCACCCUUUUGCAUCACCUCGAAAUUUCUUCACCAACUGAAAGCUUCCAUUGAAAUCUGCUUCACAUCUUCGUCUUCUUCAUUUCUUAGUUGCUCUCAUAACACAUACCAAAAUAUGUUAGUUUUGCUUUUGAAAUUCGUUUUCUCCCUAGUCACCACGUUAUCGAACUUGGUGACUCGAUCGAUCUUCAUCGCGACUGCGUACGUCCUCGUGGUGUUGAUCCAAGCUUUCAAGGUACCCGGCGAAGCCCUCCAAGUGGCGUUGGAGAAAUUAGCGGACGCGAUCAGGGUAUGUUUCGAGUACUUCUUCGAGAUGAUUGUCGAGCUGAUGGGGUUUUUGAUCUCUACGGUUUUCGAUUUUUUUGUCGAUGCCGUGACUACGUCAGCUUCGGUUUCUGGGGAAGCUGUCGGUACGCUCGUCGAGAAGACACGAACGUCGCUUCAGGAGUUGUUGACGGGUUUGCCAGAGAUCGCCGAAGAGUUUUCGGAGAUGGUUUCGACGGUGGUGACGGAUUUGUGGAACAAUUGCAUGCAAGCUUUGGGAUAUGUUACGGAAAAUGCUUGAUUCUAAUAUAAGGUUAAUAAAUAACGGCUCGCUUGUUUUUGGCAAA